AUGGCCCUGAGCGAGCUGGCUCUGCUCCGCUGGCUGCUGGAGAGCCGCCACUCGCGGAAGCUCCUCCUGUUCAUCGUGUUCCUGGCGCUGCUGCUGGACAACAUGCUGCUCACCGUCGUGGUCCCGAUCAUCCCGAGCUACUUGUAUAGCAUUAAUCAUGAGAAGAACGCCACCGAAAUCCAGACCGCCAAGCCAGGGCUCACAGCCUCUCCCUCAGACAGCUUCCAGAGCAUCUUCUCUUAUUAUGACAACACCACCAUAGUCACGGGGAACAGCACCCGAGCCCUUCAUGGGGGGUUGCUGCUGCCGGCCACCACACAGCACGCAGUGACGAACACCUCCACGGGGCCUUCUGACUGUCCCAGUGAGGACAAGGACCUCCUGAAUGAGAACGUGCAAGUUGGCCUGCUCUUUGCCUCUAAAGCUACCGUCCAGCUCCUCACCAACCCCUUCGUAGGAAUGCUGACCAACAG